AUGGAUCGCUUGUCUUGGCCAUCAGAAGCUAACAGCUUUCGACGUUUCACCCCUGAGUCCUUGGCUGCAAUUGAGCAAAGAAUUGCUGAGAAAAAAAAGCAGCCAGACAAAGAAAAAGAGAAGAAUAAGGACCAAGGAGUUGAAGAAAAAGUUACUCCCCAGCUUGAUCUGCAAAUCUGCAAAAAGCUGCCAUCCCUUUAUGGGGACAUUCCAUCAGAGCUCAUUGGGGAGCCCCUGGAGGAUUUUGAUCCAUACUACAGUGAUCACAAGACUUUUAUGGUGCUAAACAAACAGAGGACUAUUUUCCGUUUUACUGCCACGCCUGCCUUGUGUAUAUUUGGUCCUUUUAAUCCAAUCAGAAAAGCAGCAAUUAAAAUCUUACUAUUCACAUGGUUUGCUGUCUUUAUUUUAUUUACUGUGUACCUCAAUUUUUCAUUUUUGACUGUACGUCAGCUCCCACCAGCACUCAACUGGACUGAAAUUGCUUUUACUGGCGUAUAUACUGCUGAAAUGUUGAUAAAAAUACUAGCACGAGGAUUUGUUUGGAAUGAAUUUACCUUCCUUCGAGAUCCGUGGAACUGCUUGGAUCUGUCUGUUACUAUUGUAAUGUACGUUGCUACAUUUAUAGAUAUAGGUGAUGUUUCACUUUUUGUAUCUGUCAGAGUACUGAUGACUUUGAAAGCCAUUUCAGUAAUACCAGGUUUGAAAAUCGUGGUAAAUUCAAUUGUUGAAUCUCUUAAGAAACUUGCUGAUGUGUUGAUCUUGACUGUAUUUUGCUUGAGUAUAUUUGCCCUAAUAGGCCUCCAGCUUUUUAUGGGCAACUUAAGAUUCAAAUGUGUCCUCAAUAAUACUGUGUACAGUGACUCAUUAUGUAAGGAUCCCAAGAUCUAUGUACCAAGUGAUGAAGGUAAAUGUUAUUCUUUUCUCUCUUUACAUAAUCUGUAUAUCUGCCACAGAAUGAAUGGCUCUUCUGACAUAUUGCUCUGUGGCUUCAGUUCAGAUCCUGAGAAAGAGUGCCCAGAAAACUAUACCUGCCAGAAGAUUGGGCAGAAUCCUGACUUUGGUUAUACAAGUUUUGAUCAUUUUGGCUGGGCCUUCCUCUCUGUAUUCCGUCUGAUGACACAGGAUUCCUGGGAGCGUCUCUACAGACAGACUAUCCGUACAUCUGGAGUGACCUGCUUUUUUUUUUUUGUGGUAUUCAUCCUUCUCUGCUCAUUUUAUCUCUUCAAUCUGAUCUUGGCUGUGGUAACUACGGCAUAUGAAGAGCAAAACAGAGCUGAAAGAGAGACCAAGAAAAAACUACUUCAGGAAGCCCAAGACAUUAUAAAGAAAGAACAGGAGAUGGCUGCAGCAGAAAGCAGUAAGGCCUUGCAGGUUGGGUCUGAAAUGCCAAUUGCUGACUUGAAAAAUUCAAAAGGAAAAGAGAUUAUUAAAGAAAUACCUAUUUUAAGACAAAAUGUAAUUUUAGAUGAUCAGGAGAAAGAGGAGCAAAUAUUUAAUUCACAGCCUGGUCACUGCCACAAGAAGCUUAGGCAGAUCCUGCUGUCCUAUGAUGUGUCAGUGGACUCUAUUAAUGAUCCUUUCCGAAGACAGAGGUUAAUGAGUGCAGCCACUAUUCUUACAGACAAUUUGAAAUUUCAAAGUUCAAAAUUGAAAUGUCCUGCAUUUUGGAAACGUUUUGCUCCAAAGUGUCUAAUUUGGAAUUGUUGUCCAUUCUGGAGAGCAGUCAAAGAGAAGGUGAAAUUGGUGAUUUUGAAUCCGUUUGUUGAACUCUUUAUCAUGGUUUGCAUUGUCUUGAACACCUUAUUCAUGGCUAUGGAUCACCUUGGCAUGUUACCAGAAAAAAGAAUAAUGAUUUCUAUAACUAAUGAGUUCUUCACUCUGAUUUUUACACUAGAAAUGCUCUUGAAAAUCAUUGCUCUAGAUCCUUACUACUAUUUUCAGAACAAGUGGAAUGUUUUUGAUAGCUUGGUUGUUUUGAUUGGCCUAAUGGGCUUUGGAACCAAUCUUAUGUUUUAUUUACAGAUCAGGAUCUUCAAAUUGGCAAAGUAUUGGCCAGCCUUAAAUACUCUUAUGAAAAUUAUGCUAAAUUCAUCUAGUGCUGUGACUAACCUCACUCUGGUUUUGGCUUUCACUGUAGUUAUUUUUGCUGUACUAGGAAUGCAUCUUCUGGGCAGUGAUUAUGAAGAAAACUUUCAUAAAAUAAGCACCAAUGGGGAGUUACGCUGGCAUAUGAAGGAUUUGUAUCAUUCAUUCCUAAUUAUAUUCCGAAUAUUAUGUGGAGAAUGGAUUGAAAUGAUGUGGGAAUGUAUGGAAGUGGCUGGAAAAGAGAAAUGUAUUACCAUUUUCUUGCCAGUCCUGGUGAUAGGAAACCUGGUGGUACUCAACUUGUUCAUUGCCCUGCUGCUGAGUUUGUUGGAUACUCACAGCUCAGGAGGACAAGAGGAACCUGGAGAAAGGACUAAAUGUCAGAUUGCCCUUGCACAGAUUCUCAAGGGCCUGAAGUCUUUGAAAGACAGAAUUCUGGAUUCUUGUGGUAGAAAAAUGAAAGGAAGCCUCAGAAAAACAGAGAAAAAGAAGACUUUGGAAGAAAUUUCUGGCAAAAACAUAGAGGAUAAUAAUUAUGCCAUGACAGAUGUCAGAAAAUACAUAGACAACAAUUGCUUUGACACAGAGUAUUACCAUAAUGAAGAGCAUUCCUCAAUAUCAAGGAAAUAUGAUCUUUCCAACAGUCACAGUACCUGUGUUCCCACUGAAGCAGCAGAGAGUUACAGUGACAAAAGUGAUGAUGAGCACACUGUAUUCACAGAAACAGAACACAGAAAACAGAAAUGUGGUGCUGCUCACAGCUUUUCUGAAGCCAGCAGUGUGGAUGCAGCUGUUGGUCUGGAGAUGUUUUUCCAGACUGAAAAAUCACACCUACCUAAGGACUGUUUUGGAGAAAAUUGUGGUAAAUGUGUCCCAUGUUGUGUAGUGGAUAUCACUAAGUUUCCAGGCCGAAGUUGGUGGAACUUCAGGAAAACCUGCUACAGAAUUGUUAACCAUAGCGGGUUUGAAUAUUUUAUGAUUUUUGUGAUAGUAUUGAGCAGUGCAGCACUGGCAUUUGAAGAUAUUCACCUGCAAAAUAGACCAACAGUGAAAAUGAUCCUAGAUUGUGCUGAUAAAAUAUUUACCUUCAUCUUUUUGAUGGAGAUGCUUCUGAAAUGGGUAGCUUAUGGAUUGCACAGUUACUUCACAAAUUCCUGGUGUUUGCUUGACUUUGUCAUUGUAUGUGUAAGUAUUAUAUUCAUGUAUAUAAUUGUAUCACCUUGUUCCUCUGGAAGUGGCCUGAAAUCUCUCAGGACUCUUAGAGCAUUGAGGCCUCUACGAGCUUUGUCAAGAUUUGAAGGGAUAAAGGUUGUUGUCAAUGCACUCCUUGGAGCUAUCCCCUCAGUCUUCAGCGUUUUGCUUGUCUGUGUUGUCGUUUGGCUCCUAUUUAACAUUCUAGGAGUAAAAUUGUUUGGGAAAAAAUUUUCAAAGUGCAUACUCCAGGAAGGAAAUAUCAGUCUCAUUAAUGACAAAAGUGAUUGUGAGUCCUAUGGUGGAAAAUGGACAAAUUCUCCUGUAAAUUUUGAUAAUGUUGGGAUGGGAUACUUGGCUCUGCUCCAAGUGGCAACUUUUAAAGGCUGGAUGGAUAUUAUGUAUGCAGCAGUGGAUUCACGUCAGAUCGAUGAACAGCCAAAGUUUGAAGCAAGCUUACACAUGUACAUAUACUUUGUGGUUUUCAUUAUUUUUGGAUCUUUCUACAUGCUGAAUCUUUUUAUUGGAGUGGUUAUCAGCAAUUUUAACCAACAAAGGAAAAAGAUAAGUGGAAAAGAUCUAUUUUUGACUGAGGAACAGAAAAAGUACUAUAAUGCCCUAAAAAAACUUGGAUCCAAGAAACCUCAAAAACCCAUCCCAAGACCAUCGAAUGUGUUCCUGGGAUUGCUGUUUGAUAUCGUAAUGCACAAAGCAUUUGACAUCAUCAUCAUGAUUUUCAUCUGCCUAAAUAUGUUUGUUAUGAUGGCAGAAAAUAACCAGGAAGGCACCAAGGAACUUCUUAAUAAAAUCAACUAUUUUUUUGUGGCUGUAUUUACAGCGGAAUGUGUCAUAAAAAUACUGGCCUUAGGACAGCAUUACUUCAAAAGCAGCUGGAACUUAUUUGAUUUUUUUGUUGUGGUCCUUUCAAUAGUCAGUAUUGGAGUUUCUGAAGCCUUUAAAAAAUUCAUCUCUCCUACACUUUUGAGAACUAUUCGUUUGGUGCGAAUUGGCCGAAUCCUGAGAUUGAUUCGAAAAGCGAGAGGAAUUCGAACCCUUCUCUUUGCAUUACUGAUGUCUCUUCCUGCACUGGUCAACGUUGGCCUUUUGCUUUUCCUAAUUAUGUUCAUUUAUGCCAUUGUGGGCAUGGCAAACUUUGCCUGUCUUCCCUGGGAAGGUGGGAUUGAUAACAUUUUCAACUUUCAAACCUUUUCUGGAAGCAUUCUCUGUCUCUUCCAAAUUACAACAUCAGCUGGCUGGGAUAGUCUUCUGGCCCCUUUGUUAAGUGAAUCUGAUACAUGUGCUCCAAACUUAGAUUUAGAAGAGGAAGAUAAAACUAACUGCAGUAAUAGAAUAUUUGGUAUUUUUUAUUUUGUAAGCUAUGUCAUUAUAAAUUUUCUUAUUGUUGUAAAUAUAUACAUAGCUGUCAUUUUAGAGAACUUAAAUGUUGCCACCGAAGAAAGCACAGAUCCUCUUUGUGAGGAGGACUUUGAUAUGUUUUAUGAGACCUGGGGAAAAUUUGAUCCUCUGGCAACACAGUUUAUUGACUAUUCUGCUCUUUCAGACUUUGCAGAUGCUCUGGCAGAACCCUUGCGCAUUCCAAAGCCCAAUAACAUCCAGCUUAUAUCCAUGGACUUCCCUAUAUUUAGUGGAGAUAAGAUCCAUCACUUGGAUAUCUUGCGUGCUUUCAGUAAACGAGUCUUGGGAGAAUGUGGAGAUUUAGAUAGUCUUGAAUUAUUCAUUGAAGAAAAUACUGUGGUUGCCAAUCCAAUUUCUUCCACUCUUAAAAGAAAACAAGAGGAGGUAUCAGCAGUUAUUAUCCAAAGGGCCUUCAGGAGGUAUUUGAUACAACGUUCUUUCAAAAAUACAUCUUUCUUAAGCCAUCACAGACAGACCAGUGCUGUCUUUGGAGAAGAAACGUGGGAGAAGCAAAGGCUUAUUGUAUCAAUGCUUAAUGAAAGUAGUGGCAGGAAGAUACAUAAAUCACGGCCUCUUUCUUCCACAUCUCUCCCUUGACUUUUUGAUGCUUUUGCUGACACAAAUAAGCUGGACACAUAAGGUUACCCCAGGCUGCAGCAUUUUUGACAUUUAAAGCAAAGUCACUGAUUUUCAGAUGGAGACAAUAUGUGAAUCCCAGAGCAUAAUACUCUGAAUUUAGAAUAAUGAUGGCGGCCUUCAAGCAUUGUGAUUGUUCAAAUUUUCAAAUUCUCCUUAAAAUGAUU